GCCAGGCAACGCUUGACCCCAUCGGUCCAAGGGGCGCGCACAGCCGGCCUGGGAUGGGACACCGGAAGCGACCUGAGCUUUCACAUUCAGGGUGUGGGCUGCGACUGUGCGUCUGGAAUGACAGUGACCGUGACGCUGGAGCCGGCGGGCCGCUGCCGCUGGGACGAGCCCGUGCGCAUCGUUGUCCGCGGCCUGGCGCCGGGGCAGCCGGUCACGCUGCGCGCGUCCCUGCGCGACGAGAAGGGCGCGCUCUUCAGGGCCCACGCGCGCUACUGCGCCGACGCCGCCGGCCUGCUGGACCUGGAGCGCGCGCCCGCGCUGGGCGGCAGCUUCGCGGGGCUCGAGCCCAUGGGGCUCUUCUGGGCUCUGGAGCCCGAAAAGCCUUUUUGGCGAUUUCUGAAGCGGGAUGUGCAGACGCCCUUCGCCGUGGAGCUGGAGGUGCUCGACGGUCACGAGCCCGAGGCCCAACGGCUUCUAGGCCGGGCAGUGCACGAGCGCGACUUCCUGGCGCCCGGGGUGCGGCGCGAGCCGGUGCGCGCGGGCCGGGUGCGCGCCACGCUCUUCCUGCCGCCAGGAUCUGGACCUUUCCCAGGGAUCAUUGACAUCUUCGGUAUUGGAGGAGGCCUGUUGGAAUAUCGGGCCAGUCUUUUGGCUGGCCAUGGCUUUGCCACACUGGCUCUAGCUUAUUAUGACUUUAAUGAUCUUCCCAAGAAAUUUGACGUGAUACACCUGGAAUAUUUUGAAGAAGCCGUGUGCUACAUGCUCCAGCACGCCCAGAUAAAGGGCCCAUGCAUUGGGCUUCUGGGCAUUUCUUUAGGGGCUGAUAUUUGUCUCUCUAUGGCCUCAUUUUUGAAGAACAUCUCAGCCACGGUUUCCAUCAAUGGAUCUGGGUUCAGUGGAGACAGAGUCAUACACUACAAGGACAGCAACAUUCCACCACUGGGCCAUGACCUGAGGAGAGUGAAGGUAGCUUUCUCAGGCCUCCUAGACAUUGUGGAUGUAAGGAAUGACAUUGUAGGGGGGUGCGAGAACCCCUGCAUGAUUCCAAUAGAGAAGGCCCAGGGGCCAAUCCUCUUCAUUGUUGGUCAGGAUGACCAUAACCGGAGGAGUGAGUUUUAUGCCCAGAUAGCCUCGGAACGGUUACAGGCCCAUGGAAAGGAAAAACCCCAGAUCAUCUCUUAUCCUGGGGCUGGGCACUUCAUUGAGCCUCCUUAUUUCCCCAUGUGCCCAGCUUCUUUGCAGACGUUCUUGGACAAACCCGUAAUGUGGGGUGGGGAGCCCAGGGCCCAUUCUAAGGCCCAGGUAGAUGCUUGGAAGCAAAUUAUAACCUUCUUCACCAAACACCUUGGACCUUCCCCCAAAUUGUAAUGCACUGCUCUGUUACUGAUAGGAGAGAGAUUCAAGAUUGGAUUUUAGUGUUUAAUAGUCUUAUCUGAAUCGUUUGUCCCCUGGGUAACAUUAAAUUCAUGUCAUUGUUAUUAAUGAUGUAUUGUAGGAAACUUUUUGAAGUUUUAUUUCAUUAUGAAUUUUUCUAAUCUAACACAUGCCUAUUGUUGAAGAUUCAAUAGAGGUAUAUCAUACAAAAUAGUAAAAAGUAUCUACUUUUAAAA